AUGAAGCUUCGUGUACCAUCCGAGUCCGCCUUUGUUGGCAAUGUGGACACCAUUGGUGAAUGGUCUGCAUCGCCUGAAAGGAUUACUCUCUUACUUCGGAAUUUUGGCCUCUUAGACUUCGCAGGAAGUCAUGAAAAUAACGAUAAUAGUCAUCGCAUGGACGAAGAUGCCGAAGCACCACCACCUUUACCUUCCAAAUCAAAGUCACCGCAAAUGAAACAUCAGCUUUCGAUUGACUUCAUUGAAGAAAUCUCAUCAUACAUUCCUGAUUAUACCCCUGGCACGCCCAUGUCGCCGUCCUCGCCUGUGAGGCACAGCCCCUCAGGAAAUAAAAGCCAUAGUUUUAUUAGGACCCCUGGCAGCACUACUAGUGAGCACGAAGCUGGCCGCAGCAAUGAUGCAGCAGCUUCUUUGGGUACAGAACGCCGCCACCCUGAUUCAAAGCCGUUUGAUUUUGAAGGGUACCAACUCUCUCAAAUGUACGUCCUCUCAACCCGAAAAAUGGAGCACAGGUUCCUGUUCAAGGUUUUUCCAAAGCAAAAGUUAUUCCGACACCCAGCUGUUGUGCGAGCUGCUGCCGCCGCGGAUGCUAAUGCACCACCAGGCCAUCGCCGCAGCUAUAGUCACCAGAAAGGAAUAGUCAGGCAUGCGAUCGAGAACGAGAUUGGCGCCGUAAAAUGGUGUCGAUUGAAUUGUAAAGAUAUUGUCGUACCUGAGAUCAUAGGCUAUGCAUAUUAUGGCCACCAAGUCGACAUCGAAGCCUAUCUCGACAUGUUUGGGCUUAUGGGUUUCAUCCUUAUGAGCUAUCCUCUCGGAGGCGUUCUUUACGCGUACGAUUACCGGUUACAAGGCUCUCAGCAGAAAGAUCUCUAUCAGUGUCUAGCCAAGAUAUUUCAUCAGAUGCGAAAAGAACCCCAGAAUCACGCCGCUGGAUUUGCGCUUCCAAAUGCCGCACAUAAGCUCGGUAGCCAGACACAGCUUGCAAAGACGCGCUCUCGAUUCGCUUUAAUUGUUGAAGCUCUUGAUAGAAUUAAUAGCCCGCUUCAGAUGCAAUGUCAGAACCCUGGUACUCCUUCAAUCCCAAAUACUUUGGCAUCUGUCACUUCCAUCAGCAUUGCUGACUUCAUUCACUCAAAGCUAACUACCCGUCAAAAGCCAGAGAAAAGAAGUAAGGAUCAAAACGCCCCCGACACUACACAAGAUAGGAUUAGCGACCUUUUGGAUAUCACUGUUUCCCAGUCGUCCGAUUGGGCUUCGCCCUAUUAUCCAAACAUACGCCUGCCCGCCUCUGAGCGACUUCGCCGUGAAACAAUUGGCCUAAAACCAUCAUUCUCGCAAUCUUCGCUAAUGGCCAGGUCUGAAGUGCUUGAUGAAGAUGAUAGCAGCUCUGGGAUGAGUGACUACGAGGCCCUGGGUGAACAACUUGUACAAAACGUACCCCUUCGACAUUGUUCUACCCCCACAGGCAACGGUUCUGUAUCUCCGCUGAAACGUGUUUCGCUAUCUCAAGCGUCAUGCAGUGCGCUUAGAGCAUGUAAGCUUGCUUUACAGGCUGAGCCAGCCAACAAAUCCAGGAUUCGUAAUAUCGCUUCCCGAGCAGCACUGCGAGUCGACACACAUAUCGCAACCCCAAAAAGCCAACAUGCAUCCGUUGAGGAAUUUGAUUGCUCCACUGGAACCAUCCCGCAGAAGUCCAACUUUCAGAGUAGCUCUUGGUUUGACCAUGAUCCCACGAUAUAUUGUAGUUACAUGGCUCAGCAAAGGUCUCAAGCUGGUCAAAGCGGAGGCGGUGUUUCUCAAAUAGUAUACGAUCCCUCCACAUUUUCGGGGCUGCGGCCGAAUCCAACAUCUAGUCCCAGUGCGCAGUCAUUUUCCUCAAGCGUAUUGACGUCCCGAGAACUAUUCAGACAACUGACCAUGAAAGGAAACAGUCGUGUAUUUGAGCCAACAAUGAGAUGGAUGGAAGAAGAUUGUAUCUGUUGGCCUACUAAAUUUGUAUAUCCUACGUCACCAGCCUCUGGAGCGCCUGUAAGCACUGAUGACACCUGUCUAAAACCCGUGGCCGAAUAUGAGCAAGCACAGCUCUUAAAUGCAUUGGUGGCGCUUGGGCGAUUGGAUUCUUUUCCUGGGUCGGUCUGUCGUUUCCCGCAAGCGAUUCUAAGGCUUUUGCAACGGAUCCUUUGCUUGGCGUACGAUGAAUUGCUCUUUAGCCAAUCAAGCUUAGGUGUCCCUCCAAGGAGACGUGUUGUCACCACGGCCCUUGGAAUAGAUGGCGACCAGAAUUGGGGCGCGCCUGGGAGGCAACUAAGGGUAUUUCGGCCUUCGGAGAGUAAUAGUAUUUUCAAAGGGAGUUGCAUUGUCUUUACCCAUGGACACAUGGAUCCGACAUCAUUGAUCACCCAUCCGCAAACUGGGGCCUUGUUGGCAGUCAUAAAUUUUGAGCACGCAGGUUUCUUGCCGAGUUAUGCAGAGGACUUUCAUAAACCUUUUGUAAUGGCAAGGCAUACUAUGUCGUUCUGUAAUUUCGAAGAUUAUAUUGCUACAGAGAAUAGCAGCUGUAGGGACAGGCGUCCCUGGUGGAAGCCGUUAUUUAGCUCCUCUAAUAAGCAAAAGGAAAGGCACCAACAAGCAGCACUCCAUUCAUUGAAAGGCUCAGUAUUACCGUGGCAACCGCCAUCGCCGAGAGCGGUAAGGGACGAGCAAGCCAUACCCAUGGUCAAGGAUCAAGACAUUAACGUGAUUAUUUCGCCUCGUUUAGCACAGACCGCUUCUCGGGAGUAUUUACAACAUUGGCAGAAGAAUAACAACAAAGGAAGCCAUAUUUGCCCUUCUUAUUCAAGACAUGGCCAAUUUCCAAUGCCCUACCCUGUCAUUAACCAUUACCUGCGGAAAUACGAUCCCUCCGCGUACAAGACAGUGAGUUAUUCUGAAUUCUCCAAUCUGUCAUCUAUAAUCUCUGACCCCGCUAUGUCCCGAGCCAAAGCAGCUACCGUGGUCACAUCUACCAACGCGCCUCAACACCCACAGUACCCACGAAGCAAUAGUACCAUGAUGCAUCAGAGCCUUUUGGAAGGUGGUAAUAGUGGGCUAUGGACAUCUUCGGCUCCUGCCGUUGCUGUAUGGACAAGACCCCAGUUGCAACCUCAUAUAAGGGACACUCCAAGUCGAGAGCCAACAUCUUCAGUUGAUGAGAGUCUGAACCAUAACCCCACAGAGUAUAUUUCAUCGACUAACGGAGCAGCUGGUCUCAACAGUGCAAUGGAGUAUAGGGGAACAGACACCUCCGAGUUUGCCUGUUACAAAUCUGUUAAAGACGAUGUCGCUGUCCAGCAUGGUACAGCCAGUCCUCUCUCAUCCUUGCGGUUCACAACAUUUAAAAGAACGACAGCGAGGGCGAUGUCGGCGCCAUCAGCUACGGUUGAUGAUGAAGGCUUAUCCGCGUUUCCUUCGUUAGUUAUGGAGGAUAUGGGCUUAGGAAAGCUAGUCCCCAGGGUUGCAAAGGUGGAUCAAAAUGGAUGGUCCCAGUUCCUGGAUUGUUACCACGCUAUGGAUAAAGACCAGGGAAUAUCUGAAGCUUCUUCUACUUUUCAUGCUACAACAAUGUCAAGCGAAUUCCUCAAUGGCUCUUCAUCAUCAAAGCGAAGCAGUAUUUUCUCGGUGUCGCCGGUGCUAACUCUGAAAGCGUCACAACAGAAUAGAUACCCUCGUCAAUGCGAGCGUGAGCAGAGCUCAAAAGCCCUAGAGGCGUUUCUAAGUAUUAGCAUGACGCUACAGAACCUGGUUGUUGUGUUAGAGGCAGGUGGCAUUGUGGUGACUCCAGAACAACUCCUUGAUGCGAUUGCGCGUAAGCGCGGCCAGUGGUACCAGGAGAAACUCGAUGCACGGGCCCAAAGGUCCGAAGUAAGAGAACCACAGCCAUCUCAAUCACACGCACUUGAUAACGACCAUAGCCACGACAGUAUCCGACUUGGUACAGAGCGUUCCUUUGGUGAUCAAGCAGAAGCGGUCAUGGUGGCUGCGGUCGAUAAAUCCGGUCAGUUUGAGCCAUCAAAUGUGUUGUUGCAACACGAUCCUGCCCGCAUCAAUAUGGAAAGCAAAGAAAAAGGUACAAAACAUGCGAGACGUCGAAGCGCCUUUAAGAACCUCCUUCUCAAGGUUGCCCACAUGACCAAAUCAUCUGCAUCCAAGGACAGCAACAAACUUGGGAUGACUACGACAACCACUCGUGUUACCACGGCAGAAGCUACACCGAUGUCACUCAUUCAUCGAACACAGCGUUCCAUGAGUGUGUCACCUACAUUCUAUCGUCCAACGCGAACUUCAGAGGAUAACAUUCUAUAUUCAGCUCCUGGCAUACAGCGCGACCCAUUGCCUUCGGAACUACCAGGCCAUCUUUUCCAAAGAUCUUCUUAUGGAGACACUGCAAACGAUUGUUUCUUGAUCAAAGGUAAUGAUCGUGGUAGUGAUAAAGCUAAUAACAGGAGCAGUUGGAUGAAUGAAUAUUCGAGUCCCCUCUCAGCCACAUCCAUCGUGGGUUUGAGGUUAAGAACUAGUGCGUAUGGAGCAACUAAUGGGGCUGAUACAAAGCAUGAUCAAGAGAUCAUUGUACCUUUAGCUCCGAAUGUUCCCUUGGGUAGUAUGACCACAUCACCAGAUACACCAAUAUACGGGAUACAGUUGAGCAACCAAGACAGAACGAAGGCUUCAGCUCAGAUUGAGUUGGAGCGAAUCCAUCGAGCAGAACAAGAGUUUUGGAAGGAAAUGGAGGGUCUUUGUGAGCCCUUGGGAGGAAUGGAAGAAGAAGAAGAAGAAGAAGAUGACUAUGACAAAGACCAUGGUGACAAGUACACCGAUACUUGUAUGGACAAGAACACGAACAUGAAUGACACUGGAGAAGCAGAGAAGCAACACAAACAGAAGCAGAGAUGGUAUCCAGGGGUUGCUAUAUUGGACAUUCAUGAUUUAGAGCGUAAUCUCGAGAUUGUGGAGAAGCAUGUAGCGAUGCUAGAGCACCAGGCAGCUACAUUCUACGCUGAGUUGGAACAAAAGAACCGAGCAUGUGCAGUAGGAUCAAAAUAA